GGACGGAGUCCCACAAUCAUUCUACCUCGUGAUCGCACCCAUCAAAAAGCCUUCUGAAGAAGAUUCUUUCACUCUUCCAGAUAAACUAAUAUUUGACACAUCAUUGAAGAAUUUUUCUGAAUACUCCUGCCAAUCACUGAACUGGAAUGGCAAGUUUGGAACAUAAGGCCAGCACCAAAUGUAAAGCAGUUGAAUUAGACACUUUAGAAGAUGGAGUGAAAAGAAAAAGAAUUCAUAAUGAUACUGCUGAAAGCACAAGUUCCCUUCCAAACGAGGGGGAACAGUCUGGAUCUACCUCCAUGAAAAUGUCCGUCUUUAACCUGAGCAAUGCCAUCAUGGGCAGUGGGCUCUUGGGCUUAUCAUAUGCCAUGGCCAACACAGGGAUUAUACCAUUUAUAAUCCUUUUAAUUGUCAUUGCUCUGAUGUCGCUAUAUUCAAUUCACCUUUUGCUCCAAAUUUCAGAUGAGGCAGGUUCAAUGGUUUAUGAAACACUGGGUCAGCUAGCAUUUGGGAAGCCAGGGAAAUAUGCAGUUUUUGGAUCAACGUCUUUGCAGAACUUUGGAGCUAUCCUGAGUUAUCUGUUAAUUGUCAAGAAUCAACUGCCAAAUGUUAUCCAUUCAUUUAUAACCCAAGAAAACCAUGAAGUGUGGUACUUAAAUGGCAACAAACUCGUUAUAUUUGUGACAUUAGUCAUCAUCCUACCUCUGUGCCUAUUGAAGAACUUGGGAUACCUAGGAUAUACCAGUGGAUUUUCACUUGUCUGUAUGAUCUUCUUUUUAAUUGUAGUCAUCUAUAAAAAGACACAACUUCCGUGUCCUUUGAUAGCAACUAAUUCUUCAAAUGCUUCUUGCACUGACAUGUGCUCACCCAAGUAUUUUGUCUGGAAUAGUAAGACAGUCUACUCAUUACCGACCAUGGCCUUUGCUUUUGUUUGCCAUCCAUCUGUAUUGCCCAUCUAUAGUGAACUUAAAAAUCACUCAUGCAAGAAAAUGCAGUUAGUAUCAGUUUAUUCCUUUGGAUCGAUGAUAAUCAUGUACCUGUUGACAGCAAUCUUUGGGUAUCUCACUUUUUUUGGCAGUGUUAAAGAAGAGCUGCUUCACUCUUACACGGAUCCCAGUGACAAACUGAUUUUGCUAAUUCGUUUGGCUGUCAUUAUAGCAGUAAUACUGACAGUGCCAGUCCUUCUGUUCACUGUCCGCCUUUCAAUUGGCUUGUUGUUUUUCAAGGCAGAAUUCAACUGGAUUCAACAUGUUGCAGUCACAGUCUUUCUGCUAACUCUUGUUAAUAUUUCUGUAAUAUACAUCCCAACAAUAAAGGAUGUAUUUGCUGUUGUUGGCUCAACGUCUGCUAAUAUGUUGAUAUUCAUUCUUCCUGCCUUGUUAUAUUUAAAGCUUGUGAAGAACAAGUGUCUGGGAAAAUUCCAGAAAAUUGGCGUUGUAGUAUUUCUCCUUGUUGGGAUAAUAUUUAUGAUCACUACUCUGCCACUGGUCAUUCUUGAAUGGAAUGAAAGACAUAGCAACUCCUCAAUCAUGGAAAACUGCUCAAAAUGACACUGGCACUUGUAAUCUGAGAAGAUUUGUUGCCAGUCCAGAGUGCACAAUGAAGUACUACUCAUUGAAAAAUUUGAUUGAUUAACCAGGAAUUGUCACACGUGGUAGCUUACCUGCUACAAUUUGUAUGAUAAUGCCAACAGACUACUGUGAACCCGCUGCACCAGAACAGAAUGUUUUAAAAAGUUCACUAUCAUAAACAAUAAUUUAAAAUAUUUGUCCAUAAUUACUGAUUUUAAAAUAUCUGACAGUGGUUUGAUACUGAAAUUCUAGCCUGUGAUUAUUUACAGUAAUCUCCAUCCAUUUUGCUAAUUAUUCCAUUUUAAUUAUUUAAAGGGCAUUUACAUUCUGUAUGCUACUUUAUACCUUAAAAAUUUCCACAUCAUCUUUGAAAUCUAUUGUAAAAUGGCAUAUAUUGUUCAUCAAUCAAGGAAAUAACUUCCAUCUCAACAGGGUUUGAAAUGUUGUCAUGAAACAUGAACAAAUUAGCAAAUAACACAUUCUUGGUACUCUUGUCAAUAUUGAUAAAUCUAAGCUGUGCAGGAAUGCACUUAAGGCCGUAUUAUAAGACCAUAAGACAUAGGAGCAGAAUUAGGCCAUUUGGCUCAUCUAGUCUACUCCAUUGUUCAAUCACGGCUAAUCCUUUUUCCUCCUCUUCAACCCCACUCCCCAACCUUCUCCCUGUAACCUUUGAUGCUGUCCAAUCAAGAACCUAUCAAUCUUUGCCUUAAAUACACCCAACUACCUGUCCACAGCUGCAUUUGGCAACAAAUUCCACAGAUUCACCACCCUCUGGCUGAAGAAAUUUGUCUGCAAUUCUGUUUUAAAUGGACACCCCUCUAUCCUGAGGCUGUGCCCUUUUGCCUUAGCCUUCCCCACCAUAGGAAACAUCCUUUCACAUCUACUCUGUCUAGGCCUUUCAACACUCAAAAAGUUUCAACGAGAUUUCUUCUGCCCCCUCCAAUCUUCUAAAUUCCUGUGAUUACAGACUCAGAGCUAUCAAAUGUUCCUUGUAUGAUAACCCUUUCAUUCUGAGAAUCAUCCUUGUGAACUCCGAUGCCAGUACAUCUUUCCUUAGAUGAGCCCAAAACUGUUCACAAUACUCAAGGUGAGGCCUCAGCAGCACCUCAUAAACCCUCAACAUCACAUCCCUGCUCUUGUAUUCUAGACCUCUUGUAAUGAAUUGCAUUUGCCUUCCUCACCACCAACUCAACCUGCAAGUUAACCUUCAUGGUGUUCUGUACAAGGACUCCCAAGUCCCUUUGCAUCUGUGAAUUUUGAAUUUUCUUCCCAAUUUGAAAAUAAUCUGUUCAUUUAUUUCUACUAGCAAAGUCAAUGACCAUGCAUUUUCCAACAUUGUAUUUCAUUUGCCACUUUCUUGCCCAUUCUACUAAUCUACUAUUCAACUAGUCCACCUGCAGCCUACCUGCUUCCUCAAUGCUACUGCCCCUUAACUAAUCUUCAUAUUAUCUGCAAACAUGGCAACAAAGCCAACUAUUCCAUCAUCUAAAUCAUUGAUAUACAGCAAAUCAGCAAGGAAAGACUUUGUUGUGCAUCCUUACUAGUCACAGGAGUAAUGCCAGAGGACUGGAGGGUGGCAAAUGUUUAACAAAGGUAAUAGAUAGCCCUGGGAAUCACAGACUUGUGAGUCUUAGAGUAGUGGCAGGCAAACUAUUGAAGAAGAUUCUUAAAGACAAGAUUUUACAUGCAUUUGGUUUGAUAGUUAACAUGGCUUUUUGAGAAGCAGACCAUGCCCCAUGAGCAUGAAUGAAUUCUUUGGGGAUAUGUUGAGUGAACUAGGGUUUGUCCCUUUGGAGCGAAGGAGAAUGAGAGGUGACUUGACAGAGAUGUACUAGAUGAUAGGAGGCACAGAUAGAGCAGAUAGACAGACAGUUUUUCCCAGGGUGAAAGUAGCUAAUAAAAGAGAAUGUAACUUUAAGGUGUUGGGGUAAAUAUGGGAGGAAUUUCAGAGGUAGUUUUUUUUAAAAUAGAGAGUGGUAGGUAUGUGGAAUGAGUUGCCAGGGUUGGUGGUAGUGGCAAAUACACUUAAAAGACUCUUAGAUAGGUACAUAUGAAUCAAAGAAAAAUGCAGGGCUAUGUGGGAGGGAAGAGAUACAUUGAUCUUGGAGUAGUUCAUUGUGGGUUGAAGGGCCUGUUCUAUAUAAAGCAGGAUAGUGGGGUUGAGAGGAUGGCAGAGAAAAGUCAAUGGGCUGAAUGACCUAAUACUGUUCCUACGUCUCAUGGUCUUGUAAUAUUUGUUUUAAGGAAGUAAUGGGUCUUGGAACAUUAGGAUACAUAAUCAUCUAAUUACAAUCUCAAAAUACAUACCUAUGAAACACACUUUUACUUAUAUAAUUUUUACCUGCUUUGUUACCAAGUUUGCAGAUGAUACAAAGAUUCUUACAAAUGGGUCAAUGAUGCUCACAAUACUGCAAAUAAGGUCUGACUAAUGCAUUCAGCAUUACAUCCUUGGUUUUAUAUAUCCUCAAAACAAUAAAUAUCAUGACAUAUGCCAGUGAUAUUAAACCUGAUUCUAAUUCUGAUUCUUUUGAAGUAAAUGCGAACAUUGAAUUUGCCUUCCUUACCACUGAUUCAACCUGCAAGCUAAGGGAAUGCUGCACUAGGACUCCUAAGUCUCUUUGCCACUCUUAUGAUGGUGGAGACACAGCCAGUAAAUGUUAAUAGCUUAUCUCCUUCUCCUUAGUCCACGAACUUAUCAAACACCCCUGAUGAGUUAUUAAGUGAUGAAUUAUUGACUUCAAUCUUUUCGCAUAAUCAGUCAGAGUUGAACUGCAUGUGCAUGUAAUGCGAGCUGUAUAACUCAUAUCCUUCGGCCAUGAACUUAUCAAUCAUCCAUCUGAGGACACUUUCUGGAGGUCCAAGAUCCACAACUGCUGGACAAAGUGUGUAAAUGUAGGAGGGGACAAUGUUGAAAAAUAAAUGUGCUAGGUUUUCUAAAAUGGACUCCUUCUACCUUGGGCCACAAACUUAUCAAUCACACUUCAUACUUUGUUUUUGAGGUUAGGUAACAUUUCUAUAAUGAUUUGAAGAAUUACAAUUUCAAUGAAUUUCUGUUCCUAGCAGAUGUGUAAUUAGAUCUAGUACAUUAUGCAGUUUUCAAUAUGUAAAUAUCUUACAAUAGGAUAUAGAAUUUUGAUAUGUUUUUAAGUUAUAUAUAAAUUUGCUUCUGUGAAAUGCUUUUAUUGGUUUUAGUUUGGAGUACUGCUUUGGAAAUAAGUCUAAAUUUUUUUUAUUGAUGUUGAAAUGUUGUAUAUGCACUUGCAAUUCAGAAAAAAUUUUAUUGGUUUUGGGGAAAAUUUUGGAAUUUUGUAUCUGCAAUCAUGUUUAAAAAGGUACUUUGCUUUU